GCUAUCACUUGUCCCGCGUGUCAAAGUGCAAGUGCCAAGUGGACUAGAGGAGUCAUCCGAAUGUGGAUAUCCGGCGGUCGACCGGAAGGGCAUGCCAAGGCCUGACUGCACUUUCCACUGGGUAGAGAAGGUUGGCGAAAUUGAGAUUGACGGUAUUUGACGGUAUUAUGGCAAAGAGCGUGAGAACAACAGAAAUAGACGACGACAACUGGCAACUAGGCCAGCGCCCAUCCACCUUCUUCGAUUCUGCACACGCUUGCAGUCGAGAAGUCGUCUAGUGAUUGAUUGAAAAGUACCAUCCGUCUGUAUGCGAUACAAAAUACAGUAAACUAUCGUGAGUUUGCAGUCUCGUUGAGUUGCUCGUGAAACGGCGAGGGUGUGUUCGGUAGGGGUCGUUUCCGACUUCGAUUUCCUCGAGCUUUUCGGUUCAUAACUAAGACGUAAACAUUUCCAUCACGUCUCGACGGGACGACGACGGGCUUUCGAUCUCGAGUGGAGAGAAGAACUUGAAGGCACGUCGCACGCGCCCGAACGCGCAGACCAAUCGAAUCAACGGAAAUCAAUCGGAAAACUAAUCAGCGCGGAAUGCGCGAACCGGAUACGAAUAGAACACGGAAGCGACGGCGGACGCUAGAAAUAUUGAAAUGACGAAUUUCGACGAGUGACGCCAUGGGAACUUCCCGGCGAAUUUGGAAUUCCCGAUUUUUGCAUUGCAGGCCCGACCUCCACGAUACCAUGCAUACCACCUUGCACGGGAUCGACGUGUCUAUAAAAUGCCAAGUCUGCACGACGCGUUUACUGCAUUUUCGAGUGCUGCACGAUUGGAAUCGAAUUGACAUACGAGAUGAGCUCGACGGCGGCUGUUGUCACACGUCUCGUGACACUCAUCAUGACUGACUCAAUGCUAAUGAGAGGAUCCUAUUCACUGCCGAUUAGAAGUGCACUCGAGAACGAUUCUUCCACGUGUUCUAGACUGCUGUCGAGCAAGCUUGAGGCGACCACGUUCGACAACGAGCACAUGGUGGAGCUCUACAGCGUGAAAGGUCGCGGACUCUUGCAGCUGACCGAGAGCUUGUCGGAGCCAUUGAGGAUUCUCACGUGGGACGAAAGGGCGCUCGCCGACGCGCGUCUGUGCCUGGACGGGUACGAAAUAUACAACAAGCAGACGGCAGUGAACGAGCCUGCUCUGUAUACAAUCCGCACGUGCAACUGGGGAGGUGCGUCGACUAGCGUGCGUUACCUCGGCGCCAGAUUACUCGACGGAGGUGAUGUCCGUCUGACUCUCGAAGCGAGUCUCACUAGAAAUGCGUACUGGAAGAGGCACGACUUUGGAAACGGCAAAGACAAGCUGCACUCACUACACACGGUCAUCGACGGCGCGUCAUAUUACCUCGAGGUGGCGAGAGGCGGAGACGUCAAUUUGGUGGCAAGAGACAGCAAGCCGCGCAGCGACGACAAGCACUUUAUUUUCAAGCGUUGUCAGGCCCAGGUCUUACAACUCUCGGACGACAGACGCACUAAUCUCACGUACAGUCCAUGCUUUUGGACGGGACCGCAACUGACGACCGACGACAUCGAAAAAUGUUUGAAAUAAAUAAAUUAGAUUGCGUUCGUCUCGAGUGACAACGUACUGAAUAGGGAGCGACUCUACGAGUUUGCGUAACGAGACGAGAAUUUUGCAGAAAUAAUAUUUUGUGUAUAGAUUUAUUAGGUAUAAAAUUGAUUGUAAUUUUUAUUGGCUUUUAAAGCUCUAUAAGCAUAGAUAUAAACAUUAUUUUAUGUUUUACUACUAAAGGAAUGAAAUACAUUUUCCAGGUUGUAUACAUUACAGGGCAUAAUUU